CCCUAGUCGAUGCUCUGGCCAAAAAGCAGAUCACGCUUCUCGCACUGGACUGCAUUCCCCGCAUCAGUCGAGCACAGGCCUUUGAUGUCCUCUCGAGCAUGGCCAACAUUGCAGGCUACAAGGCGGUAGUUGAUGCGGCCGCGCUCUUCGGACGUUUCUUUGCCGGUAGUGUCCUUCAUCUGAUCCAUUGUCCGAGCCGGUCAGCCAUCUGGUGUUGUGUGCGUAUCGUAGCCUAUGUCGGAUUAGAAGUCCCCACGGCAAUCCAAAUUGGUUGUAGUUGCAAGACGGAGAAAAGCCGCGACCUCAACUGGCUUGAGUCAAAGGUCCACAGGGGUGAGUUGGGUGCUUAG